ACCUAACCGUGGCUGCCAUUUUUAGAGGUCGCAUGUCCAUGAGGGAGGUGGAUGAGCAAAUGUUCAACAUUCAAAAUAAGAACAGCAGCUACUUUGCUGAAUGGCUUCCUCACAACGUGAAAACAGCCGUCUGUGACAUCCCACCCCGGGGGCUAAAAAUGUCAGCCACCUUCAUUGGUAACAACACAGCGAUCCAAGAGCUCUUCAAACGCAUCUCUGAGCAGUUUACAGCUAUGUUCAGGCGCAAGGCCUUCCUGCACUGGUACACGGGCGAGGGCAUGGAAGAGAUGGAGUUCACCGAGGCCGAGAGCAACCUUAAUGACCUGGUGUCAGAAUACCAGCAAUGCCAAGACGCCACAGCUGAGGAGGAGGAGUUUGAGGAGUGUGCGGAGGAGGAGGAGGACUAUGACCCUGGACUCCUCACUGGUUCCUUGAGUGCAGGCCCUGGUAGAAUGCUCCCUGGCAAGAAGUCAGUGAAGAUGAAGAGCUUCUUGGGUGUCUUCUAG